AUGACUGCCGGCAUUACUGAACCACCUUACCCGCUCCACGAGUCUGUCAAAGACUUGUUGCACCCGGAGUAUGUCGCAUUCUAUAACGAGCAUGUCAUCAAUAACCAGCAAGUGCACCUUCGGCCCGUGGAAGCGUCACGGACAAGUGGUGUCUUGAUUCCUGGUGCAGGUCCUAUGCUGGAGGUUGGCAAGACUCAAGACAUUACUGUUCAGCGGCGAGCUACCGAGGGCCCACCAGUGCCCAUCCGCUGCUUUACUCCCAAGGGCCAGGCGCCUCCUGGUGGAUGGCCGGUGAUGUUGUAUUUCCACGGUGGUGGCUGGGUGCUGGGUAACAUCGACACGGAAAAUGUGGUGUGUUCGAAUCUCUGUGUACGAGGCAACUGCGUCGUGAUUACAGUGGACUACCGUCUUGCACCCGAAAACCGUUGGCCGGCCGCAGUCCAUGACUGUUGGGAAGUCUUCCUCUGGUUGAUUGCCGACGGCCCCGCCGCACUCCCAGUGGACGUAUCCAAACUCGCAACCGGCGGCUCCUCCGCGGGCGGAAACCUUGCCGCGAUUAUCACGCACAAGGCACUGACUCUGUCACCGCCUGUUCACUUCCUCGCUCAGCUGCUCUCGGUCCCCGUGACAGACAACACUGCCACAGUAGAGAACAACGAGUCAUAUCGUCGAUACGAAUGGACCCCCGCACUCCCCGCGCUUAAGAUGUACUGGUACCGUGACCACUAUGUCCCCAACGACGCGGACCGCACCCACCCAGAGUCGAGCCCACUGUUUUGGGAUGGCGAUUAUUCGCAAUUGCCGCCUGCGUUAGUUAUGGUUGGCGAGCUGGAUGUGCUGCGCUCGGAGGGCGAGCAGUAUGCGGAGAAGUUGCAGAAGGCCGGUGUGCCUGUCGACUUGCAGGUCAUGCCGGGUAUGCCUCAUCCGUUCUUGGCUAUGGAUGGGGCUUUGUCUGAGGGCAAGAGGUGUAUCACUCUGAUGUGUGAUGCGCUCCAAAAGGCCUUCUGGGGCCGAUAG